UAUAAGAUAUGGGAGAAAUUCAGAACACUAAAAAUAGGGAUUGUUUUGCAUAUGUUAGUUGAAGUUGUAAUGCAAUCUGAUGUAGUAUAGUAGCUAUAUGUCUUGUAGCUUUAGAAAAUAGUAGCUGUUUAUGUUAAUCCAAGUUUUUAUUCACUUCUGAGCCUGGCUUUAGAGAGACUUCACUGCCCUAUGAGCACCAUGAAUUUGAAUUUCCUGCUUCCUCUACUUCCUGUGUUGGUCUUAUCUGUAAAUCCCAGACUUAAAGAUAACUAUUUGGAAAUGCACUGCCCAAAGUCCAAUCCACCAUCUUCUCAUUUCUUUGUCCACCAGUCAGUGACACCACAAGGAAACUUAUCAGCUGGACAGUACAACAGAAUAAAUGCUCGUACUCUUCUAGAGUGUACCAAAGCUUGUUGUGUGAAAGAGUCGUGUGAUGUGGCAUUUUUCUUUGACUCAAGUUGCUUCCACAUUCACUGUAAAAGUAGUGAGUUGUGUAAGCCUUUAGUUAGGACUGGGAAAAAGUUCAAACAUUCCUACAUGAUUCAAGUUAGAGAUGCAGAUCUAAGAAGUUCUUCUGAUACUUGGAGUCAAAAAUCUUCAGAGUUACAGCCUAAGGAAUUGAUGUUCCACUUAGAUGAUAAAAAACCACUUAAGACUGGUGAAAACACGAGUUACGAUUAUAAAACAUCUCUAAAGGCCACAACAGCAAGCAGCAAAGGUCCUGUAAGACCAACACAGAAAAAAACAUGUACGUAUGGCAUAGAUGAAGACUGUGCCAUCAACGAGCACUGUGUCGUUUAUAACAACAGAGCUCGUCAAGGCUUCUGUGAAUGUGACGAUGGAUACACAAGGUCUGAGUCCACGGGGGAGUGUCAGCUUUUAACAACAAAAAGUGGGCUUAAUGUAACAGCCACACCCUCUCUGCUACCAACCAACGUCACAAAUGUACAGAAUUCUUCUCAGCCCGCUACAACCCCAAGCUCUGAAUAUGAAAAUAAAGUAACAGGGAAUAAGAAGUCUAGCUCAACGUCUGCCCCUAUAGAACGUCAUCUGGUAGUGUCUGCCGGUGGUAACAAAGUGAUUCAACUACCUGACAAUGAAGUGACAUUGUCAGCAUACGCUUUGCCGCAGGAAAACACAGGGGUGAAAUAUUCGUAUCUUUGGACACUGUUAUCCCAACCAGGAGGAGAUGAAGAAGCUGGCAUCAUGCAGGGUCAAACAAGCCCAACGCUUAAACUGUCAAAACUUCGGUCUGGUGUUUAUAUGUUUGAAAUUAGUGUUACUGGGAAUGGAUCUUCGGGAAAAGACACAGUCAAUGUUACUGUCUUACCACCUAAACGGACCAAUAAACCUCCUGUGGCUGUCAUCCAGCCUUCUAAUGUCACUGUCAAACUUCCAAAUAAAGACACCGUGUUGGAUGGAUCUUACAGCACUGAUGACGACAAGAUCAUUGACUACCAUUGGGAAGUUAUCAGUCUUCCUAUUGGCUACAAGAUUCAGCUAAACAACAGCAGUACAGUUCAGUUAAGGAAUCUAAUCCCGGGCUUUUACAGGUUCAAGCUUACAGUGAAAGAUUCGGAUGGAAUUUUGAAUUACACGUUUGCCAAUGUGACAGUUUUGAAAGAGAAAGACUACCCUCCUACUGCCAAUGCUGGCUCUGAUGCUGUCAUGUACCUUCCUCAAGACGAUGUAACCCUGAAUGGAAAUCUCAGCAGUGAUGAUAAAGGUAUCAAAAGUUACCAGUGGGUGAAAAGUCCCGAGACAGAUAAAUCUGUGGACAUGGAGGGUACUAAUAGCCCAUAUCUUCAUCUCUCACAUCUGGAAGUUGGAGUCUACAAAUUUAUUUUAAAAGUGACUGACACUUCUGAUCAGACGUCUGAAGCAGAAGUUCACGUGUUUGUCAAGCCAGAAAGUAACAUUCCUCCAAAGGCUGUAGCUGGCGAAGACAUAAAUGUGUCUUUACCUUUAGAUAAACCCGUCACCUUGGAUGGUAAGAAAAGCUCAGAUGGUAUAAAAAUCAUGAAGUGGAACUGGAAACAGGUCAAUGGACCCAAACCUGCAAGUAUAGAAAAUGGCAAUACAUCUACUGCCCAGGUGUCUCGCCUUGUACCGGGAGAGUAUGUAUUCAAACUGACUGUCUGUGAUGACAAAGGACAAAAUACAUCGGAUGAAGUCAAGGUUAUUGUUACUCAAA